AUGGGGCGUGUUAAGAAGGCAGCAAAAUUCUCACGGAAAAUCAAGACGUUGAAAAUGACUGACAACAGAAUAAAAGAAGAAAACAGAAUAAUUCGCAAGAAGAAGGAAGAUGAGCAAGAGCUGAAAAUCAAACAGGCUCCAAAAAUUUCAUCAGCUAUGUUCCUGAAGUUUAAUAAUCAGCUCGGACCUCCAUUUCACGUACUCGUUGAUACGAACUUUGUUAAUUUUGCAGUAAAAAAUAGGCUGGACGUAAUUCAAGGAUUUCGGGAUUGCCUCUAUGCCCACACGAUUCCUUAUAUAACGGAUUGUGUCAUGGGCGAACUGGAAAAGGCAGGUCGUCGAUUCAAAAUUGCCCUAAAGGUUAUAAAGGAUAAUCGAUUCCAACGUUUAAAGUGCGACCACAAGGGCAUUUACGCUGAUGACUGCCUAGUGCAACGGGUCACCCAGGUAUUAUUUCACUCUUUUUCGUUUUUUCCAGCUCUUGCUAUAUGGCCUGGUUUUUAA